UCCAGACAUAUCCCGCUCCCGCGGCACGCGAGUCCUCCCAUUUUUUUUCUCAUUCCACGCGUGGUGCAGGGGCGGCAGCGAUGGAUGCUUCCUUUCCGUCUCCGGAUUAACAAAACCUUCUGGUUGUUGAUCGAUUCGGCGUCGGCAGAGCGAAGCGUGCCCGUGCUCCUACUAUAAAAGCCCCCCCGGCCGGCUCUUCUUGCCUCGACCGCAAGAAAUCAGCGCGCGGUUUCUCCGAUUCUUUCUCCGAUUCUUUGAUUCUUCCUCGAGGGGGAUCGCCGUCGUCCUUGUCGCCGGUCAGGUCGGAGGCGGAGCCAUUAGCCAUGCAGCGCAGCAACUCGUUCGGCACGUCGUGGGCGGACCAGUGGGACUACGGCGGCGACCCGAGCCCCCGCGCGCGCGGGCGGCAGGACGGCGGCAGCGGCGGCAAGAAGCAGGGCGGGGUGGAGAAGACCAAGGCGGCCGCGGCGACGGGGCUGCGGAAGGUGAAGGAGGGCACGGCCAGCGGGUUCCAGUGGAUCAAGGACAAGUGCCAGAAGAAGAGCGGCGGCGGCAAGAAGCAGGGCGCCCAUGAGGGCUCCGGCAUCGCCGGGUACUAGUAGAUGGCUAGGCUCUGCUUCUGCUUCGGAUGGGAGCCUGCCUGGUUUGGUUAGGCGAUUUCUGUUCGUCCGUUGGUUGUGUAGUACUUGUGUCUCAUGUGCAUACAGUUUUGCUUUUGGAUGAUGCUAGUGUCAUUGGACACCUUCAUUCGUGUAGAUGGAUGUUUGGAUCUCUGAUAUUGAUGAUUUGUUCAUUGUUUUGAAAUCUACUGCUCUCUUUUCCCG